GGAGACGAGCCUGAUCAUCCAUAUUAUAAUAUAGCUACUAUACCAAUACACGCGUAUAUAUAUAUAUAUUAAAUAAAUAUAUUUGUAUAUGUAUAUAUACAUAUAAAAGUAAAUACAUCACCUAACUCAAAACAAAUCGAUAAAUACAUACAAAUUUAUUCCAAUAAUGGCUGUCGAGUUAGCACUACACGUGCAGAGGAAGUUUGCUGUUGGCAACGACGCCUCCACAUACCUAUUCGAUCUUGCGGGAAAUACUGCAGGCACUGUUAUCGCUGCGAGCGCAUCCAAUCACUCGAUAAAAAUUUACAGCGCCACUGAUUUAUCUAUACUUGCGGAAUUAAAGGGGCACAAGGAGCGUAUAUCGGGCAUCAAGUUCUCGUCACGGAAUGAUGACAUACUGUACUCGUGCUCUAUGGAUGGUGCAUUCUGUCAGUGGAGUAUCAGUAGUGGGAAACGAGUGAUUUUAUACAACGCUGGCAAGAACCUGCCUCUGACGAGCUUCGAUGUCAACUGUACCGAAACUCUCGCUUGCCUUGGAACAGAGUUCAUAGACCACGAGGCCAAGCUUCUUUUCAUAGAUCUGACCACUGCGGGAUCUGGCAGGUUAGUCGCCACAUAUGACAACGUGCACAAUGACGACAUCACAUGCAUACACUUCCACCCGAUCACACCGACGGCUUUACUAAGCGGAUCUACCGAUGGGACCGUUUCACAUAUCGAUCUCUCCUCCGCACCCGAUUCGAAUGAGGACGAUUGUUUACUCUUAACACUCAAUACAGAAUCCUCGGUUGCCAGCAUUGGGUUUUUUGGCCCUGUUUCGCAAUAUAUCUACGCAACUACGCAUAUAGAGUCGCUGUAUGUAUGGGAAAUCAACGAGGGCACACAACUGGUACAACUCAACGACGUCAGACAAACGACCAGGAAUAGCCCCAUACCUGUACAAAUAGAUUAUAUAGUAGAUGUGGUGUAUCACGCCUCGUCACAGAGACUCUUCUUGGUUGCUGGGACAUUCGAUGGAAACAUUGUUAUGCUACAUAUCAAUAGAGAUAGCUUAGACUUAGUGGCUACGAUGCCAAAAGCUCACAACGAGAUGGUACGGUGCUCGUUCUGGAAUACGGGUGUAGACCAUGUCUUCACCGGUGAUGAAGAUGCGGUCCUGUGUAAAUGGGGUCCUCCACUUCCCCCGGCACCAGUAGAUUCUAACCCUGAGGCCGACCACAAGAUCAAAACAGUUACCGACAGCAGAGGCGCGCAGAAACGAGUAGCACCAUACUAAAAUGGUCUUAUGGCGGCCAAUUUUUUCGCUGGGUCAAUUUGUCUGCUGAUUAUCGGUGCUUCAGUAGUAAAUUAGUACAUCAAUUAAGUUCUCUGAUCUUUCGUCGGCAAUCUCGCGUACUGUUAUUUGCUCUCGGUAUACG